GUCGCCAUUUUGAAAAUAAAUGGCAUGUUGAUAUUUUAGAAGUCAUCUGUUUUUCUCGAAAUUACCUACACCAUGGCCGGUGACGGCAGACGGAGUACGGCGGCACAGUUUUUCAUGGACGAGGAUACCAGUGGUGCGAAUGAUGUUCCUACACAUGACCGGGUAGUUGAGCUGUUGAACAAUGCAUCAUUAAUGACCAAUGACAAACAGAAGGUGAAUGAACUGAAGCAAGUCCAGGAGCUGAUCAUACACAAAGACCCAGCCCUACUUGACAACUUUCUAGAUGAGAUGCUUGGGUUCCAAAAUGACCGAUCAGUAGAAGUGAAGAGAGCAGUGAUAGGCUUUAUGGAGGAGGCUUGCAAACAUGACCCAGAGAUCCUAGCCAAGGUGGUGGCCAACCUACCUGUCUUACUACAAGAUGAGAAUGUUAACAUUCAGAAAAGGGUCAUACUCGCAGUGGGCAGCCUCUACAAGGAAGCACUCAGGUGGAUUGUUAAUACAAAGAAGGUCACAGACACAAUGGAGGCCACAUGGAAGUAUAUGGAAAAGUUAACAAAGAAUCUUCUUGAAAUGUUGGAUUCUGAGAAUGAUGGAAUCAGAACUCAUUGUGUUAAGUUUCUCGAGAGCUAUCUAUUGACGCUUACUGAGAGAACACUAGAUUCUGAAAUUCCCAAGAAACAGGAGAAAGACAUCACAUUGGACCAAAUUCCUAAAAAGGAACAUAAAUUACUGAAACGUGAAGAUCUAGAAAAGAAGGGUACCAAAGCAAUUGAAUUGCUCUUGGAUUUUCUUGGAUCCCCACACAUUUCAAGCAUCAACCUGAUGACAUGUAUGACAACACUGACCAGCUUUGUGAAGCAGAGACCUCAAUUUAUGCCAAAAGCAAUCCAGGCAUUUGAAGUAUUACAUGUGAACCUGCCCCCCACCCUGGCCAAGUCUCAAGUGAGCAGUGUUCGCAAACAUCUCAAGACUCAGAUGUUGACGUUAUUAAAGCAUAUUGGAUCCUAUAACUACCAGACACAGAUUACUACACUGUUAACAGAUCUAGGAGCAACACAAUCUGAAGUAAUGAAAGCCAUGCCAAAGAUUGACAGUUCAAGGAAAAGGAAAUUGGAACAAGAAAAGUUAGCAUCAAAGAAACCUAAAAUUGAAGUGACUGUAAAAAUGGACGAUGAUGAUGAUGAUGGAGGUUCUACACCUUAUAUAGGCCUGGACCAGGUGAAGUCUAAACCUCUGCCUAAGUCAUCUAACCAGACUGCCAUUGAUAAAUCCUCUGAAGAAAUUGCUAAGAACUUGAAUCACCAGAAUGUGGCAGAUUUGGUACUGUUGAGUAUGGUUAUGUUACCAGAUACAAUGCCAGCCCACUUCUUGGCCACUUACACCCCCAUAGCUGCAGCAGGGACAGAUGCCCAAGUGACCCACAUCUCACGUCUACUAGCUGCCCAACUGCAUGGCGCUGGACUCACUAAGGACGAAGAUGACACCAAGAAUGAUUCAUUUAAAGUGCCAGGCAGUGCUGCUAAGCGUAAGAAGGUUGCAGAGCCUGUUGAAGAAGAAGAUGAUGGGGGAACAUCUCCUAAAUACACAAUCAGAACAGUUGUUGGUGGCGCUGCAGGUGAGACCCCCGUUGCUGAUAGGUUUGCCAAGAAAUCGGCAAUGCCCCCUACACCACUGGUUACUACAUCUACUGUAGCAGAUAGACAGCAGAGGCAGAGCAAGCCUACUGGUAUCAAACAGUUCAAGCUGUCCUCCGUCACAUUCCCACUGGACACCCACUCCAUGGAUGAGAUGGCUCUGUUGGCUAUGAUCCGCAUACUCAAGUCAGAGAAGGCUGCUGUACUGGCAGAUGCCACCCAACCUAGGACCAAGAUUCUCACUGGCCUUGUGGCACAGUUUGGGGGUCAAUUAAAGGAGGUGUUGCAAGAUUUUAUAUUUGAUGACCUACGUGCCCGCAGUGAUUUAGCAUUUGCCUGGCUUUAUCAAGAAUAUGCCCAGUACCAGGGCUACACAGUCACAUCAUCAGGUGCAGGAAAACGGACUAUAGUCAGUUAUGACGAAUGUUUAACAAGGCUGCUAAGUGGUCUCCUGGAGAGACCUGAUCAGAGAGAGGGACUCUUCAGUCGUCUCUUGCUAGAGGCCCCUUGUAUCACUGAAAAUGCAAUACAUGUUUUAAAAAAAUAUUGCCAAGAAGAAAAUAGAAUGUACUUUGGUAUGGUGACCCUAAAGGACUUGAUAUUGAAAAGACCAAAUAGAAAAUUAGAAUUCUUGGAUGUUUUACUGGAUUUCUGCUCUCAUGAAAACCCUGAGGUACGCACAAAUGCUCUACGGGUAACUAAAGUGUUGUAUGCAAGGCAAGAUCUCAAAGGACCAAUAGAGAAAUAUGCUCUUGCAUUCAUCAAACACCUACUGCAGGCUAAACCUCCCAGAAACCUCUUUGGACAAGAUAGAGGAAGGCCAGAUGUGAGAGAAGUUUGGACAGAUGACACUAUCAAGAUAUGUCUCUACCUUUAUCUCACCCUCCUACCACUCAACCACAAACUGAUGCACGAGUUAGCUCUUAUGUACACGGAGGCUAUAGCUGAAAUCAAACGGCCAAUCUUGCGUAUGCUGGAGACCCCAGUGAAGGCCAUGGGAAUGGACUCCCCUGAGUUGCUAGUCCUUGUGCAGACUUGCCCCAAAGGAGCAGAAACUCUUGUAACUCGUGUCAUUCAUAUACUCACAGACAAAGGUACCCCAUCUCCUGAACUGGUACGCAGCGUGAGAGAUCUCUACCAGAAACGUGUCUCAGAUGUUAGAUUCCUUAUACCUGUCCUAACAGGCCUAGCAAAGUCAGAGGUUAUAUCAGCAUUACCAAAGCUUAUCAAGCUGAACCCAGUGGUUGUCAAGGAGGUGUUUCACCGGUUGCUAGGUGGGUCCCAGGGAGAGGGAGGUGGCCACUAUUCCAGCCCCAUAAGCCCUGCAGACCUCCUGGUGGCUCUGCAUAUCCUGGAUCCUGAAAUCUGCGAUAUGAAAACAAUCAUCAAAGCAACUAACUUCUGCUUCCAAGAGAAGUCUAUCUACACACAGGAGGUAUUGUGUAUCGUGCUGAAGCAAUUAAUGGAGAUCAGUCCUAUUCCUACCCUGCUCAUGAGGACUGUCCUCCAGUCCCUCUCCAUGCACCCAAGGAUCAUUGGCCUUGUCAUGAACAUACUCACUAGGCUUAUCACCAAACAGGUUUGGAAGCAGAAAAGGGUGUGGGAGGGCUUUAUAAAGUGUUGUCAGAGAACGCAGCCACAGUCCUACCAGGUUCUGCUACAACUACCAGCCCCCCAACUCAGGAACACGUUUGAGACGUGCCCCGAGAUGAGGGAACCUCUCCUCGAACAUGUCAAUCAGUUCACACCAAACCAGAGGGUCCAUAUUCCUAAAGCUAUACUGAAUGUCUUGGAGAGAUCACCAGAGGAGUUUAAGAAGGAGGAGUCCAAGCAGCAAGAGGAGGAAGAAAGAGCAAAGAGGCAAAAGAAAGAGGAGGAAGAGAGGAUCAAUAAACAGAAAGAAGACGAGGAGAAUAGAGAAAGACGACAAAAAGAGGAGGAGGAAACUAAAAAGAGGAGGCAAAAAGAUGAGGCUGAUAGGAAGAUUAGGAAACAAAAAGAAGAGGCAGAAAAAUUAAGAAGGCAAAAACUUGAAGAUGAGCGAAAGAGAAAACAGAAAAUGGCAGAAGAGCGACGAAAGGAAGAAAUCAAGAGAAUUGAAGAGAAGAGAAAGGCACAAGCUGCCUCUAAACAGUCUACCACGAAUAAUAAAGCUGAUCUAUCCACCCCGUCCACUCAAGGUGUAACUGUUAAACAAGAACCUGGCGUAUCUGCACAACCUGAGACUUCAACACCAACCCAACCUGAGACUCCUAGCCAAUCUGAAAUUGAGGCUACAACCAUCAAACAACCAGUUCCUGGCGAGACUAAGAUUAAAACUGAGCCAUCAGAUACUGGGUAUGAAAAAGCUCAGGAUACAGACAGCAGUAAUACAGAAAAAUCUGAUCUGACACGGGAAGAACCAAAAGAAGUUGAAAGUGGUGAUCCUGUAAAAGCUGAAACAACUCCUGAGGAUACAUUGACAGCUUCUGAAGCCAAUAAAGCAACUGCAGAAGCAGUGGAGACAACUGAUGAAGCUAAAGAAGCAACUCCUGAACACAAGGAGGAUGAGCCUGAGACUGUGAGUCCCAAGGGUAAAGGACGAGGGAGAGGAGGCAAAAGAGGAAGAGGGUCAGGAACUCGGAAAAGUUCACGGAAAAGAUAGACAAUUUGAUGCAACAAUUCAUGGAUGUCAUCCAAGCAUUUAGGAACAUAUUUAUUUAAAUGUGAUUAUAAACUGAUAAAUAAUUUUCUCCAAUUCUGAUUGCGAAAAUAAUGGAGGAAUUUACAACACUUGAAUAAAGAUGCCGGACACUUUGGACUUUGAUUGUGAUUUGAAUGGUCAGAAAACUUUAAUUAUGUUACCAGCACUUUGAGUUGUUGGUCAGAUAAAAAUGAUAUGUUCAUUUUAUUUUAUUUAUGAAACUGAUUGUGUCUAAUUCUAUCAGAUUAUUAAUGCCAAAUAAAAUGUUUGUUUGUGCUAAGAGGAGAUGGAGCAUGUACUAUGGAAAAACUGUAUUGCAUU